CAUGCGCAGUGAAGCAAGACGAGCAGUGCUCUCUGUCAAGAUGGUCAAGGUCCAUGUGCACAAAAACAUCAAUAGAUCUAAAAGACAAAUAUCCGCUACAGUACCAGUACCUGGAGACGUGCCAAGGAGUUUACGCAUCUGUGAACAAUGCCGUAUCCCAGGAACUGUCUGAGAAUGAGAACAGUCGUGUAUCGGAAUACUGGUCCAGUUCCAAAUACGUUGGCGUCAGUGCCAACUUGAUGGUUUCCUACAUUGAUACAGCCAACACGACAGAGGACCUGAAAAAACCUGUUAUAAUAUUGGUACACGGCGCUCCCGGCUCUCACAUGGGCUUCCUGCCACUGGUAGACAAGCUGGAACCCCAUGCACGCGUGAUAGUGCCAAACUUCCCAGGUUACGGCUUCACGGACAUGGAUGAUGACGGGUAUUUCCAGCAUUCUAUUCCGGAAAAGGUUGAAUUGAUCGUUGACUUACUAGGUGCCCUCAAAAUCAAGAGGGUUGCGAUGGCCAUCGGUCACAGCAUAGGCUCCUUCCCCGUGCUGCUGUUUGCCGCUGCUCGGGUGCCAGGUCUCCCCGUCGAGUCGGCUUUCUUCAUGAAUCCCACCGGACACAUACCGUGGAGGUGA